AGGCCAGGAAAUUUUAAAAAAAAUUGACUGAUCUCCAGACAUCUACCAUGAUCAGGGCAACGGCAAAGAAUGCACCAGACAGAGAAAAAGAAAUCAAUACUUUGGUCAAGAAGGCUAACUACAAUGCGGACCCCCAUCUGAGGACAUUUGGAAUCACUGUCAACCCUCAAAUGAUGGACCUGCAUGGAAGAGUCCUGUCACACCCUAAACUGCAGUAUGGGGGAGCGACUAAAGCCCAGGCCCUGCCAAACCAAGGUGUAUGGGACAUGAGAGGAAAGCAGUUUUACUAUGGAAUAGAAGUGCGAGUUUGGGCCAUUGCCUGCUUUGCUCCACAGAGGAGUGUUAGAGAAGAUGCACUUAGGAAUUUUACCCAGCAGUUACAGAAGAUAUCUACAGAUGCGGGCAUGCCUAUCCUGGGUCAGCCCUGCUUCUGUAAGUACGCCACAGGUCCAGACCAGGUGGAGCCGAUGUUCAGGUACCUGAAGAACACAUACGCCGGACUACAGCUGAUUGUGGUGGUACUACCGGGCAGAACACCAGUCUACGCUGAGGGGAAAAGAGUGGGUGACAUCCUGUUUGGGUUAGCCACACAGUGCGUGCAGUCUAAAAAUGUCAACAAGACUUCUCCGCAAACUCGUUAACCUCUGUCUGAAAAUUAACGUCAAACUCGGAGGCAUCAACAACAUCCUACUGCCAAGUAGUAGACCCCUUGUGUUUCGAGAACCAGUUAUUUUCCUGGGG